AUGAAAGUCACAGCCCUACUCCUCACAGCCCUCGCGCUCUCAAGCUCCGCCGUGGCGGAAGAACGGUGGGGCGCCCCGGCACCAAAAGAAGACCGUGUCGACAUCACCACGCUCCCCGAGUGCUGGCAGAGGUGUGCGAUCCAGGCGAACGGGCUGGUCAAGCCCUGGGACCUCAACACCAUCUCCAAGAAGGAUUUCUGCGAGGACCAGCGCUUCAUCAUUCUGUACUGGUGGAAAUUCUCCUUCAUGAAGUGCGUCGAGGAUGACUGCCCUGAAAAGGCCGCUCGGAGCACCGAGGGCAGGAGGUGGUAUAAGCACAUGUGUGCCCCCUUCGGCAUCACCUCCGUGCACGGGGUGAGGGGCUCCCAUGAGCCACCUACAUCUGACUUAUACUAA